AGAAGAAGAAGAAGAAGAAGAAGAAGAAGAAGAAGAAGAAGAUCAUUUACAGUACUUUCUCAAUACAUUUAUGAGGUUUCAUUUCUGUUUCACAGAGAUAUGGGAUCCAAAUUAGCAAUGGAGUGCAGUGGAAUGGGUGCUUAAGCUGAUCUGAAAUGAUUGCUCCUGGCCUCUUGAGGUGGAGGGUUUGUAUAUAUGCAUACACACACACCGUGGCAUCUGCCCAGUGACCCCGGGUGAGGGUCCAUCAGGCCCUUACUGGAGAGGCAGCCCCUCUCCCCUACCCCUUCCUGUGGUCCUCUGUCUCGUGUUCUCAGAAGCACACAAAGCCACUGAUGUGUUGGGAUAUUGGAAGCAGGAUAAUCAGCUAGGACUACUGAGACAGUAGCUUACUAUACAAGAUGUGGAGGGUCUACCCUCUCUCCUGCCCCUCCCAACUGUGGGGGUGGUGAGAAAGGCAGGUCUCCUUGAAGGUUAUAUAAAUAUUUGUUGAACAGUAACACAGCUGGGACCAGGACCCCUUCCUCCAGCUGGCUGACUUGCUAACCCAGAGAAAUCUCAGCUGGGAUUAGGGCUGAGCUUUGGAACACUCUGCUGUGCAUCUGUUGACUCCCAGUGACCCCAGUUCAAACUCUCCCAUCUACCUUCCAAACCUGUCCAUCUGAGCCCCACACUAGCCCCAGGGAGGGAGUGGCAAAAAGUGGUGCUAUUGACUGGUGAAAAGAAGCCUGCCCCAGGAAUCAAGACACCUAAGUUGUGUAGAGGGGUCUUGAGCUAGUCACUUGCCCUGUCUGGGCCUAAUUUUCUCCUCUGUGAAAAUGAGGGGUUUGAACUAGAUGCUCUCUAAAGUCCUUUUUGGCUCGAACAUUCUGGAUUUUCUGACCACAUGAACUGGGUCUGAUCCAGGGUACCUGGCAUUUCCUGCAGGAAGGGCCUGGAGAUUGAGGAGGAAAGACAGCAGUCAUGCUGGUCCAGGAAAGGAGAGAAGCUCCCCACACUCAUGCAUGAGGAACUCUGGAAGACACAGGCAUUGCUAAUGGUAAAGAAAUCCAUUGCCUGGAUCUGGACCCAAUGUCAUUGUGGCUUCUAAACCUGUGGCCAAACUAGGCCCCUCUAUUAUUAAUCUUACUUGCUGUUAAUGUUCUAAAGCAAGUAUAAUAAUACCUGCUUAGGUUGUCUGAGAAUAGAAUAAACUCAUAGAUGUGAAAAUGCUUUGAAAACUUCUGCUACACAGAGACUGGAAAUUAUUUUCCUAGACAGCUGUCAAGAUCAUGACAGAUGAUUCCCUCAGGAUUCAGUUGGGUCAAUGGGGCAUCUGAGAGUAGGUUUUUGAAAGCUGGGAUUAAGGAUGUGGCCAGGUAAUUCCCCAUUGAUCCUGCCACAGUAUGGAAAGGGUUAAUUCACUGAAGUCCCUCUCCCAAUUCCUUUCUCUUUCCUUUCCCUGCCCCUCCACUCUGAUUUAAUUCUUUCUCUUUUUAAUCACUCUGCUAUAAAAUACCCAUUGUCCUGCCUCUGCUAUUAUGCUAUCAACCAGGCCUGGCUAGGAUGCAGAGGAGUCACAGGCCCAGCUGUCACCCACAGGCCCAGGGGGAUGUUCUCUGACUGGCCAAAACUUGUGCAAGGACAGGCUUUUCCAUCUAAGGAAUGAAAUAGCCUCAUUAGUGAUGGGAACAAGCAGACAUGAGGGCAGGUCAAUGGACAGAGUUAUGGAUACCUACCUUGGGACCCUAAUCCCCUCAAGGGUCUCAUUUCUGGGGCUCACCAGGAAAUCAGGUAUGUGAUCAGGCUCCAGACAGGUGACCCUGGAACCCAGAAACCCUCAGGCAAGUGACACUGGAAUUCAGAGCACACCAAACUGCCUCUCAAGUCUUUCCCUUUUCUUCUUACCCCAUUCUAACCAACCACAUCAACCUCUGAGAUUAUUGUCCAGGAGACAAGGAGAGCCUCCCAUAAACUAUCUUUUGAUGUCUCUGUUGGAAAUGAAACUUUAGCCAAAAGAACCUUGGGCCUCAGCCAAGGUGACUCCAGAGAUCCUUUGAGGUGGGGAAGGUGUGGGAAGGAAGAGGGAAUUACGCCCUCCCAGGAAUCUGGCUGAGGGACCUCAUGCAUAUUAGUCUGCGUUCUGCCCUCUGCUUUGGACAUUUCCUGAACUUUCUAUGCCUCAGUUUCCCCCUUGUAAAGAGCUGCUGUGAGAGUGCUGGCAUGGGAGACAAAUGAGAUCAUGGCUCCUAAGGGCUCUUUGAAGAGAAGCCCCACAGGAGCACAGAGGAAGCCUAUGUGAGAUAGACAAGCCUUUUUCCUCUCUCCCUCUUUGGCUGGGUUUUCUUUCUGGACAAGUGCCUGACUCCCAGCUCCCUUUCAGCAGGUGUCAUCCCCCUCUACCAUGUGUCCCUCAGCUGCCCCCAACUCCCUGCGCCCCAGGCUACAGUCAUGCUCAGAGUCACCCCUGCAUUGCCCGUCCCCCAUACCCUAUCCCCACUGUAGUCAAGGCAACUGUGCCACCAUAUCCCUUCCACUCUGCCAUACCCUCAUGACAGGCAAGGUCAGGGCCCCUUCAAGCGCGGAGCUCCCCAUUGACAGGGGAGGCUGUGUUUUCAUAUUUUCACAAAAAACUCCCAGCCAGCAUUUCUCUUCAGUGCUGCUGCCUAUUACCCAAAGUGCCUUGACCUGUGGACUGAAAAUAGCAAGUGCUAAUUUGCAUGUUAUUUAUUUAAGUAGCAACGUUUCUGGGAUCCUGCUCCUUCCCCUAUAAAAGCCCACCAUAACCUCCACCAAGCAGUAAGGUAGACACUACUGUGGGACUUACCCUCCUCAUGAAGAAGGAAAGAGGAACCUAGAGCAGGAACCUCACCUUCUGUUUGGUUCUGGCAUCUCAGGAAUCAGUCCCAAGAAGGAGGUGGUGUACAGACCCUAUACCCCAGAAUGCUCAGUGGGGACUCAGCUGACAGCCUCUGCCCUGAGCUGAGCUACUGGCUGAGACUUGUUCUCUUUAUGAUCUGCUCCUCCAGUUCACCUGUGAGGUGAAACACAGCGGGAGGAGGGUGGAAGGGAGGGUGAGCAGGCCUCCAGGUAUGAGGAUGAGGGAUUGAGCCACAUGGUCUCUGGAGGGCUGUGAGGGAAUGUUCAGGAACAGCUCAGCUCCAUGCACAAGACCCCUGUCCCUCCAAGUAAACCCCUAUGUCUACCCCUUCCAGGCCUCAGAUCUCCCUCCUUCCAGGCCCUGCCGAGAAAACCACAAAGGAGGAAACGUUAUGGAAAGCUUACAGCUAGAUCUGGAGAAAAACAUCCCCUGCUGAUGACAUUCCUUUGGCUGAGACAAAGUCAUUUUACUCAGGAUUCCAUGCUGGCUGAGGCUAAAGAGAAUCCCUUAUGGCACGUCACUAUAAGCUGUUCCCCAGAUGACCCAGGCCAGCUCCAGCACAGCUGCAUGGACAGAGCCUCCCUAGAGAACUCACUGUGCUCACCCUGUUUUGGGUGGUGGUGAGGAUGGGAGGCUCAGGACAUUAUCAGAACAGGAGAGCCAGGAUAGAGCUUGGCCAGGGACAUCAUCCUGGAAUGAAAUGGAAGAAUAUGUGAGAGGACCAUCUGCCUUACUCUGAUUCCCCCUCAGAGCUGGUCUGCUUGGGAGCUGGUGCAUCUUUUCUAAGUCUUACCACCCAAACCACUUAGACAGAGUAAAGGGAAUAAAAGUCUGUCUAUCCCCUAUGCUAGGGGGAAGUCUGAGGGAUUGGUGCUAGGAUCACUGCAGCCCUUUACUCCCCUUUGAUCAAGCAUAUUUGGAAAACUUGGCCACAAUAUGCAACCUCAGAAACAAAGACCCUUCCUCCAACUUAAACUGUUCCAUUCUCCGGAAACGGAGAUCCCUCUGCUGAGGUUUUCCGCCCUCUAAGAACUGUGGUUCAUCACCCCAGAGCUGCAGUCCCAGGUCAGUGGCAUUGGGUAGCCAGAGUAGUAGGGGCAGAUGGGCUGUCCAGUUACCCAAAGUUCACUGACCUGUGGGCUGAAAAUAGUAGUGGCAGCCUGCAUUGCUGGGGGGCUUGGGAAAGGACUAUUCCUAGGACUCAAAACACCACCCAGACCUCUUUAAAGGCAGUAAGAGCGAGGAGGAGGAGUUCAGGAGUGCAAACCUCUCCCUUAACAUCUGUAAAAACCGAGGCCUGGAAAGAUAGGCCUAAGAAAACACAUGUGACCUGUAUCUGUAUGUGUGGCUCAGUCACAUCGAACGGCCCAAACACUAGAGACUACUGCUCUGUGGUCCCAAGUCAUCUUAGUUCAGCACAUUAGGGGGCUUAAAAAAGUUGCUGCUGUUGUUUUUGUCGCUUAAAGAAACUGCAGGUAUAAUUUGUCCAUCUCUAAAAUGUAGGCUUCCCAGUUUGCCCAGUUCACAUUGGGAUUGGGACCCAACCAUAGACACUUAACCCCUUCCAGGAGCCAAGAGUGAGAACUGGAGGAAGCAAGGGUGAGGGCAGCAGGCUAAUUCCCCAACAGGGCUCCUUUCUCUGGAACCAAGAGAGUGAAGUUACCAGGAGGACCCUCAGUGGGGAGGAACCCAAUGGGAGGGCCCUGCUACUGGAUCCCACUGUUUUAUUCCUAACCAUUCAGCUGAAAGUGGGUCCUGGAUAAAGGCACAGAUCGUUGGGUGGUGUGAACUGUUGUUUCUCUCCCACAGUCCUCCCCCAGCAAGCACACCUCACCUAAUCUGUGGUCUCCUGAAUGCUGGAGAGAUGUUAGGCCCCACCCCCUGAGGUUGUUAGGACAUCAGAAGGUCGCACCAUCCUACUUGGCUCCCGGCUGUGAGCAGAAGGGUCCUGAGCUAACCUCUGGCAAUAUGUACCCCUAUCGGACCUUCGUGUCCCACCACACCCCUUCACGGACCUUGUUUUAGGCAAUGCACUGACCCAUGCUCCGAUUUUUAGAAAUUUCUAAAAGCCUGGAAAGGAGCCAGGAGGAGGCUGGGAGAAAGCCCUCUAUGGAGAAGGUUCUGCCCAGGCCUCCCCAACUCCUUACCCACCCGUGCCCCAGAGAGAAGUGGCUCGCUGCUCACACCCCCUCCUGCCAGUGCAGCGCGAGUAAGAGAGCCCAAGGGACCGCAGCUGGCAUCCCAGGGGUUAAUUCCGGAGCAGCCCAGGUGAAAGUCGAGCCCCCAGCCCCGUCGGCACCUCCAGGCUUCCGAGGCCACCGGAACGGAGGAGGCUGCGGUGGCUCUUUGUCUACCUGCUCUGGGCGUUAAAGAGCCCGCUCGCAGCCUGCAUCGCUGGGGCUCGGGACAGAAGUCAGCGGCGGGGAAAUGGGGCUCUGUCACUUUAAGUACAGCUGGAGCCGUAAGUACGAGCCCGGGUGGUGGGGAGAAAAGGGAGCGGAGGGCAGGCGAGGGUUCGGUUUCUGACCCUCCGCGUGGCCCACAGCUCAUACCUUUUCGGGUGUCCCCGGGUGUCGGGCGAGAGCGGUCCUGGGGGGCACUGGGUACCCACCCGGUGAAUGGCCGCCUGAGCCGGGGAAGAUGCUUCAUCUGCCCCUGCCCAGAUCCGGAAGGACAGUGAAUUUCCCCCGCAGCUGGGAUGAAAGCAGCUCCAUCAGCAGUGGACUCAGCGAUGCCUCAGACAAUCUCAGUUCAGAAGAAUUCAAUGCUAGCUCCUCACUCAACUCCCUCCCAACUACUCCCACUGCUUCUCGCAGGAACUCAACAAUAGUGCUACGCACAGACUCAGAGAAGCGCUCACUGGCAGAAAGUGGGCUGAGCUGGUUUAGUGAAUCAGAGGAGAAGGCCCCUAAAAAACUGGAGUACGACAGUGGUAGCCUGAAGAUGGAACCUGGGACUUCUAAGUGGCGGAGGGAGCGGCCUGAGAGCUGUGAUGAUUCAUCCAAGGGUGGAGAACUGAAAAAGCCCAUCAGCCUGGGACACCCUGGUUCCCUGAAGAAGGGCAAGACCCCACCUGUGGCUGUAACUUCCCCCAUCACUCACACUGCCCAGAGUGCCCUCAAAGUCACAGGCAAACCUGAGGGCAAAGCUACAGACAAGGGUAAGCUUGCAGUGAAGAAUACUGGGCUCCAACGCUCCUCCUCUGAUGCUGGUCGGGACCGCCUGAGUGAUGCUAAGAAGCCCCCCUCAGGCAUUGCUCGCCCUGCCACUUCGGGAUCCUUUGGCUACAAGAAGCCUCCUCCUGCCACAGGCACAGCCACCGUCAUGCAAACCGGUGGUUCAGCCACUCUCAGCAAGAUCCAGAAGUCCUCAGGCAUCCCUGUCAAGCCAGUAAAUGGGCGCAAGACUAGCUUAGAUGUGUCCAACAGUGCAGAGCCAGGAUUCCUGGCUCCUGGAGCCCGUUCUAACAUCCAGUACCGCAGUCUGCCCCGGCCAGCCAAAUCCAGUUCUAUGAGCGUGACCGGCGGGCGGGGUGGACCUCGCCCUGUGAGCAGCAGCAUUGACCCCAGCCUCCUCAGCACCAAGCAGGGAGGCCUUACACCUUCCAGACUGAAGGAGCCUACCAAGGUAGCCAGUGGACGGACUACUCCAGCCCCUGUCAAUCAGACAGAUCGGGAAAAGGAGAAGGCCAAAGCCAAGGCAGUGGCCUUGGACUCAGACAAUAUCUCCUUGAAGAGUAUUGGCUCCCCAGAAAGUACUCCCAAGAACCAAGCAAGCCACCCCACAGCCACCAAGCUGGCAGAGCUGCCACCAACCCCUCUCAGGGCCACAGCGAAGAGCUUUGUCAAACCACCCUCACUAGCCAAUCUUGACAAGGUCAACUCCAAUAGUCUGGAUCUACCAUCAUCCAGUGAUACCACCCAUGCUUCAAAGGUCCCAGAUCUGCAUGCUACAAGCUCAGCAUCCGGGGGCCCUCUCCCUUCCUGCUUCACCCCCAGUCCAGCACCCAUCCUCAAUAUUAACUCAGCCAGCUUCUCCCAGGGCCUGGAGCUAAUGAGUGGUUUCAGUGUGCCAAAAGAGACUCGCAUGUACCCCAAACUCUCAGGCCUGCACAGGAGCAUGGAGUCCCUCCAGAUGCCAAUGAGCCUGCCCAGUGCCUUCCCCAGCAGUACUCCCGUCCCCACCCCACCUGCUCCCCCUGCUGCUCCCCCAGAGGAAGAGACGGAAGAGCUGACUUGGAGUGGAAGCCCCAGAGCUGGGCAACUGGACAGUAACCAGCGGGAUCGGAACACUCUUCCCAAGAAAGGGCUCAGGUACCAGCUUCAGUCCCAGGAGGAGACCAAGGAGAGGCGACAUUCCCAUACCAUUGGUGGGCUGCCUGAAUCCGAUGACCAGUCAGAGCUGCCUUCUCCCCCUGCACUUCCCAUGUCUUUGAGUGCAAAGGGCCAACUUACCAACAUAGUGAGUCCCACUGCGGCCACCACGCCAAGAAUCACCCGCUCCAACAGCAUCCCCACCCACGAGGCGGCCUUCGAGCUGUACAGCGGCUCCCAAAUGGGGAGCACCCUGUCCCUGGCCGAGAGACCCAAGGGAAUGAUUCGGUCAGGAUCCUUCCGAGACCCCACGGAUGAUGUUCACGGCUCAGUGCUGUCCCUGGCCUCCAGUGCCUCCUCCACCUACUCCUCAGCUGAGGAGAGGAUGCAAUCUGAGCAAAUCCGGAAGCUUCGUAGGGAACUGGAAUCAUCCCAGGAAAAAGUGGCCACCUUGACGUCUCAGCUUUCUGCCAAUGCUAAUCUAGUGGCUGCUUUCGAGCAGAGCCUGGUGAAUAUGACAUCCCGCCUGCGACACCUGGCAGAGACGGCCGAGGAGAAGGACACUGAGCUGCUGGAUUUGCGAGAAACCAUAGACUUUCUGAAGAAAAAGAACUCUGAGGCCCAGGCAGUCAUUCAGGGAGCCCUUAAUGCUUCAGAAACCACACCCAAAGAACUUCGGAUCAAGAGACAAAACUCCUCAGAUAGCAUCUCAAGCCUCAACAGCAUCACUAGCCAUUCCAGCAUCGGCAGCAGCAAGGAUGCUGAUGCAAAAAAGAAGAAAAAAAAGAGUUGGCUUCGAAGUUCCUUCAACAAAGCGUUCAGUAUAAAAAAGGGGCCCAAGUCAGCUUCCUCAUACUCGGAUAUAGAGGAGAUUGCUACACCCGACUCCUCAGCUCCCUCAUCCCCCAAACUACAGCAUGGUUCUACGGAGACUGCUUCACCCUCCAUCAAGUCGUCCACCUCAUCCUCCGUGGGCACUGAUGUCACCGAGGGCCCCGCUCACCCAGCCCCCCACACUAGGCUGUUCCAUGCAAAUGAGGAGGAGGAGCCAGAGAAGAAGGAGGUAUCGGAGCUGCGUUCUGAGCUAUGGGAGAAGGAAAUGAAGCUUACAGACAUCCGCUUGGAGGCCCUCAACUCUGCCCACCAACUGGAUCAGCUUCGGGAGACCAUGCACAACAUGCAGUUGGAGGUGGACCUGCUGAAAGCAGAGAAUGACCGGCUGAAGGUAGCCCCAGGCCCCUCAUCAGGCUCCACUCCAGGGCAGGUCCCUGGAUCAUCUGCGUUAUCUUCCCCGCGCCGCUCCCUGGGCCUGGCACUCACCCAUUCCUUCAGCCCCAGUCUUGCAGACACAGACCUGUCACCCAUGGAUGGCAUCAGUACUUGUGGUCCAAAGGAGGAAGUGACCCUCCGGGUGGUGGUGAGGAUGCCCCUGCAGCACAUCAUCAAAGGGGACUUGAAGCAGCAGGAAUUCUUCCUGGGAUGUAGCAAGGUCAGUGGAAAAGUUGACUGGAAGAUGCUGGAUGAAGCUGUUUUCCAAGUGUUCAAGGACUAUAUUUCUAAAAUGGACCCGGCCUCUACCCUGGGACUAAGCACUGAGUCCAUCCAUGGCUACAGCAUCAGCCACGUGAAACGAGUGUUGGAUGCAGAGCCCCCCGAGAUGCCUCCUUGCCGUCGAGGUGUCAAUAACAUAUCAGUCUCCCUCAAAGGUCUGAAGGAGAAAUGCGUCGACAGCCUGGUGUUUGAGACGCUGAUCCCCAAGCCGAUGAUGCAGCACUACAUAAGCCUCCUGCUGAAGCACCGGCGCCUCGUCCUCUCGGGCCCCAGCGGCACGGGCAAGACCUACCUGACCAAUCGCUUGGCCGAGUACCUGGUGGAGCGCUCUGGCCGUGAGGUCACGGAGGGCAUCGUCAGCACCUUCAACAUGCACCAGCAGUCUUGCAAGGAUCUGCAACUGUAUCUUUCCAACCUGGCCAACCAGAUAGACCGGGAAACAGGAAUUGGGGAUGUGCCCCUGGUGAUCCUAUUGGAUGACCUGAGUGAAGCAGGCUCCAUCAGUGAGUUGGUCAAUGGGGCCCUCACCUGCAAGUAUCAUAAAUGUCCCUAUAUUAUAGGUACCACCAAUCAGCCUGUAAAAAUGACACCCAACCAUGGCUUGCACUUGAGCUUCAGGAUGUUGACCUUCUCCAACAACGUGGAGCCAGCCAAUGGCUUCCUGGUUCGUUACCUGAGGAGGAAGCUGGUAGAGUCAGACAGCGACAUCAAUGCCAACAAGGAAGAGCUGCUUCGGGUGCUCGACUGGGUACCCAAGCUGUGGUAUCAUCUCCACACCUUCCUUGAGAAGCACAGCACCUCAGACUUCCUCAUCGGCCCUUGCUUCUUUCUGUCCUGUCCCAUUGGCAUUGAGGACUUCCGGACCUGGUUCAUUGACCUGUGGAACAACUCUAUCAUUCCCUAUUUACAGGAAGGAGCCAAGGAUGGGAUUAAGGUCCACGGACAGAAAGCCGCUUGGGAGGACCCAGUAGAAUGGGUCCGGGACACACUUCCCUGGCCAUCAGCCCAACAGGACCAAUCAAAGCUGUACCACCUGCCCCCACCCACUGUGGGCCCUCACAGCAUUGCCUCACCUCCUGAAGAUAGGACAGUCAAAGAUAGCACGCCUAGUUCUCUGGACUCAGAUCCUCUGAUGGCCAUGCUGCUGAAACUUCAAGAAGCUGCCAACUACAUUGAGUCUCCAGAUCGAGAAACCAUCCUGGACCCCAACCUCCAGGCAACACUUUAAGGGUUCGGCAAUCACUGUCACCCCCGGACAGCAGAACGCUGGCAUCAGCUAUCUUAGCUCCUCCUCUCCCCUCUCCUCUUUCAGAGCACUGGCUCUCCAGCCCCAGGAGGAGAACAGGAGGGAGGAGGAGAUGAAAGAGGAGGGACAGGUUCUUGGUGCUCUACCUUUGAAAACUUCCUAGUAAGGAAUGGUGGGGUGGCGUUUGGGAGCUUGUGCCCCCUAAACACAUAUACUGGCCUCCUCUAAUGACUUUGGGGAAAAGAUGAUUCUGGGUCUUUCCCUUGACUUCUUGUUUCAAUUACAAACUCCUGGGCUUUCUGGGGAGGGGUUCAGAAAACAUCAAAACACUGCAGCAGUUCCUAAACGAUUCUCACAAGCAACCCUGAAAGAGACAGUCAUGUGAGGGGGAUCUGGGGGAGGCAGGAAGCUCCCCAGAUUUUCUCACAGACCCUUCCCAAUUCCAUCACCACUGCCAACAACUCCUCCCCCAGAGAUCUGGCUGGAGCCCAGAAAAAGAAGCAUGUGGUUUAAAAAAUGUUUAAAUCAAUCUAUAAAAGGUAAAAAUGAAAAACAAAAACAAGCAAACAAACAAAAAACAAUGGAAAAGAUGAAGCUGGAGAGAGAGGAACCAGUUGCCAAGGUAGAAAGACAGCUGCCCGCUCCUGCCCUCUGGAUGACAUAGGGGACAUCAACAAGAUGGCUGCCAACCUGAGAAGUCACCAAACCACAAAAAUAACCUUACAGCCUUCAGAGAAAGACUACCAGCUCUGUCUUUCUACCCUCUAAUUUAACAUGCAUGAGAGUCAAUAAACCCUUUUUUAUUUUUGUUUUUUAUUUUGUUUUCAUUUUUUUCUCCCAUUUGCCUAUUUAUUUUUUUUUCUUUUCCCUUUUUUUUCUUUUUCUUUUUCCAUUUUUCCAUUUCCUCACAUAUCCACGAGAUGCUUGGGUUGCUUUUCCAGGGGCUAGUUUGGCUUUUCCAAGUGGGUUUUCUUUGGAGAAUCUGACGCCAUAUAAUUGGCAUGACACCUGCCAUGCCAAUAUCUUUGGCAUCCAUGGGGCUUAUAUGAGACAUGAAGCAUUGGCUUGAAAGUAGAGGGAGAAGAGGAACCCAGUUCCCUUGACUUCCCUUUUGAGAAAGCACAUGUUCUGCUAGGUAGCUCAGUUGCCAUCCUCUGUCACGAGAGGGUAUAGCCUCAUCUUGAUAGAAGAGCUACUCUGAGCUUUAUCAUGGACCAGAGGAAAACCAGGAAAUUGAAAACAUUCCUCUGUCUUGUGGCCAGUUUGGCCUUUCACUGCACUAUUCUGAUGGUGCCUGACUGAAUCAAAAUAUCCUAGCUGGCUCUUACUAUUUUUCACAAGUAAGUAUUCACAUUUAAGAGACUGAAUAUCCAUGUGAGAUCAUCCCAAUCAGAAUAUAAGACUCAAGGAGUUUGACUUGGUGGCCAAUACCUGCCUUCCAAAGAGAUCCUACCUUUGCAGAUUUGCUCCUUUCCCAUUGCCUCAAAGGUCUGGCAAUCCCUGUUCUUUCAUUUGACAAGUACUUACUGAGUACUCACUAUGUACAAAUCAUUAGGUUAACACACACACACACACACACACACACACACACACACACACAAGACUUGGGCCCUUAAGUUUACAGUCCAAUAGGAAGUGUUAACCUCCAUUAAGCUACGCGCCCUUGUUAUCUAGACCUUCGGGAUCAUCUAAGAAAUGUAGCUGAAACCCAAGGAGCCAGCUAGAAAGAAGCUUUUGAUUAGAUGUACAAUUUGUUGGGGACAGAAGAUCUGGGAUCAAUUAAGAUGGCACCUGAAGGACUGUGGAAUCUUGUUUGUCAGGAGUGGGCAAGUCUACUUCCUGCCAUUUCUGAAAGCCCCGUGGGACCAGCUUCCUGGCUGAGCUGCCUGGUAGGCUGAAGCUUCAGGACUCUGCAGAUCAGGGAUAUGUGAUGAGCACCGGCCUAAGUGUUUGCUCUUCAGAUUCCUAAGUAGCACAAGACUUUAUUAAAAUCUAUAGGCAUACCAGCCUGGAUAACUCUGUUCCACCCAACCGAGGAGUAGAUGCAUCUGAAUCUUCAUAUCGGUAUAUUUUCAUUUAGGUCCAAAAGAUGGUCCAGGCUGCCCCUCACAAAAGCUUCUGCAUUCACGUGGUAAGCUCCCAGGGAUGACAGGGUUCUGUAUGAUGGAGACUAUUAUUGCUAUUGCUGCUAAUUCCAUGAGCUGUGAAGAUCCCUAACCAACUCAGCUGUAACAUAUGCAAUUCUGUGGUGGGAAGAGGCUGUGUGUCCAAGGAUGGUGCUGAAAUCACUGCCUUAAGGUCUCUGCUGUGCAGAAUGAGGAGGCCCCGGAGCUGGCUGUUCUAACUUAGAAGGAAGAGAAGACUAGAUGGGCCUGCUUGGGAUCUAGGUCUCUUCUAAACCCCUAUCCUAAGCUCCAGUUCCAUGGCAAGGCUCAGACUUCGCUUCACUCUAUUUUCUGGUGCUGCCCAGCCAGUGCCUUCUGCCAUGGAUGUUACUGGCUACUUGAGAAAAAGGAGAGGGGAGAACCCCUUCUUUCGUUCCAACUGCCUCCAACCCCAAAGGGAUUCUUGGCUCUCUGAUAACCAUGGAUACCACCGUGAAUUUUAUUUGGAUCCUCAGCAGGUUGAUUCUGGAGGCCUCAUGCCUUGACUUUUUAUUUCUCUUCCUGGGAUCCACCACCCUCUACUCUCAGCUGACUGCUGCGUUUAGCCCAGGUCUCCAAUUGCUUUCCUCCAGAAAGUGUGUUCCCAUCUAGUGAGGUGGUAUUGAAGCCUUGGCUUUCCCUCUGGAGCCUGGGACCCUGUUUACAGUUGCACAUCCGGGCCCCUCACUGUGGGGAUCGAUCAUUCUCAUGAAGGAAUCAUGGUUAUAUGGCAACUGCAGAAGGCUGAGCCUCCUCAUGGUGCUAUAACCCCUUGGGACACUCAUCCAGACUUCUCUGAAGCAGAAAACCUGAGCUCCCCACUCACUGCCCUAGAAUUUAUGGCAAGGAGCAAAUCCACAGCAUUCUCUCCCACCUAUGUCCUGCUUCUUGGUUGAACCUACUGGGAUCCCUCAGAAAAGAAACACUGGGUCCCAUAGCUAAAUUCUCAACCCCCAGGCACCUUCAGAAGAAUCCAGCCUAAUACUGGAAUUUGUGCUAUUAUCUUCCUCUCCAGCCCCCCCAACUCCAUCCCUCACCACAGUUGGCUAGGAAAUGACAUGAGUUCAAUAUCUAAUGUCAACCAUUGGGGAGAGCCACAACUCCAGGAGAGGUUCCUGAGCUGAGUCCCUUAAUUUCUGGAUGAAGAAGAUCAACAAGUUUUGUCCAAUGUACUUGUUUCUCAGACCUUUCUUAGGCACUAAAAAUAAAAUACUAGGUCAUUGGAGGCUAA